CUGACAGAUCCACAGGCGGGAGCGUGGGGGCAUGUACGGUGCCUAGAACAGCGCCUGAAUGUCAGAGGCGAUCUGGAAAAGUUGCUGAGACUCUUGCAGCACUGUUCUGUAUUUCUUAUUUACAACCUGGAAGGUGUGCAAGGGCUCAGCAGGGGUAAAGGGAGGGAGAGGGGCCCUUUCAGGCCUUCCAGGCAAGUAGUCAAAAUUGGCUCUUUCCUGAUGUUCCCCAGGAGAUGCACCCAGAGAUAUCAUCUCAUGCUAUGGGGCAGCCAGAAUGACCUCUUUUCCCCGGACCUGGAGAUGAAAUCCUGCUUCAGACCGCGGCCCCAGCGCAGCCAGCGCAGGCCGUCCCCUCGGGUUGCCCCCGGGCACGCACCGCUCCCUCCGGCCCAGCGGAAUCCCCCGACCCGGCGGAGAAGCCCAAGGCGCUGGUAACGCAGCAACGCGGAGUCACAGGUACCAAACCAAAGAUGUCCUGGACAAGAAAGAUUCUACUCAUCCUGGGAUUCCUCUCUACUUUGGCUGUAAUUGCUUUAAUUGCUGUAGCAGUGACCCAAAACAAGCCACUUCCGAAGAAUAUUAAGUAUGGGAUUGUGCUGGAUGCGGGGUCGUCCCACACUAACCUGUAUGUGUACGAGUGGCCAGCAGAGAAAGAGAAUGACACUGGGGUGGUGCAGCAGGUGGAGGUGUGUAAAGUCGAAGGCCCUGGGAUCUCAGGUUACUCCCAUGCCACAGAGAAGGCAGGUCCCUCUCUGGCACAGUGCCUACGACAAGCAGAAGAUGUGAUUCCUUCAAAGCAGCACCAAGAGACACCCGUCUACCUCGGAGCAACUGCUGGCAUGCGGCUUCUCAGCUUGGAGAAUAAAAGUGCAGCUGACAAAGUCUUGUCCUCAGUAGAGAAGACACUACGUUCAGCUCCCUUCAACUUCCAGGGUGCCAGAAUCAUCAGUGGUCAGGAAGAAGGAGCCUAUGGAUGGAUCACCAUUAACUACCUGCUGGGCAAUUUCAAGCAGUCCGGCUGGAAAAAACUUCUACAUUCCCUGAAAUCCAUAAGUGAGACAUCAGGAGCACUGGACCUUGGAGGAGCCUCAACACAGAUUACUUUUGUACCAAAUGAACUCUCUUCUGAGUCCCCGGAGAACCUGCUCUACUUCCGUCUCUAUGGGAAGGAUUACUUAGUGUAUACUCACAGCUUUCUCUGCUAUGGGAAGGACCAGGCUCUGCAACAGAAACUGGCCGAGGAUUUUCAGACCAUGGAGAACAGCAGCCUCCUUGAUCCAUGCUUUCACCAGGGGUAUCAGAGGACUAUAAAUAUAAGUGACCUCUUCAAAACCCCUUGUACAUCAGCCAAGAAAAAGCAAUUCCCUUUCAGCCAGCUAUACAUACAGGGAGAGGGAGAUUAUCAGAAGUGCCGAAGAAACAUCCAGAAACUCUUUAACAAAACCAGUUGUCCUUACUCCAGUUGCUCCUUCAAUGGGAUAUACCUACCUCCAUUACAAGGGGACUUUGGGGCCUUUUCUGCUUUCUACUUUGUGAUGAACUUUUUGAAUCUUACCAGUGAACAAAGCCCCGCUGCCCUGGACAAAGUGGCCACCACCAUUGAGAGCUUCUGCGCCCGGCCUUGGCAUGAGGUGAAGACAGCAUAUCAUCAAAUAAAAGAAAAGUACCUGAGUGAAUAUUGCUUCUCUGGAGCCUACAUCCUCUCCCUCCUGGAAAAUGGCUAUGACUUCACUGAAAACAACUGGCAAAGGAUCCACUUCCUUGGGAAGAUCGGCAGCAGCGAUGCAGGCUGGACCCUUGGCUACAUGCUGAACCUGACCAACAUGAUCCCUGCAGAGGAGCCUGCUGUACCCCCUCUUUCCUACGGCAGCUAUGUGGGGCUUAUGGUGCUGUGCUCCCUUGUGCUGGCGUCUGUGCUCCUGUUUGCCUGGCUUCUCUUCCACAAGCCCAAGUGCCUGCAGAAGGGGAUUGUUUAGGACGAGCAUUAGGAGAAGAGAGGCCAUGUCACCACGGCCACUCAGGGCUAGGAGACCCCGGCAGAGCAGGCUGUACUGCAGAGCCCCUCUCACUGAAGCUACUGACUGUGUACAACAAGGGCAUUUAUUUCUUCUGCCUCGCACUGACAGAGGUUGGGACAUCAGGCUCACCACCUCUCUCUGCCAAGGACAGACGAGUGGGAGUUCCCCCCCCCUUGAAUGGGUCAUACUUUCAUUCAGUGAAACGUUGCUGCUGGUUGGUUUUUGCCUUGUGCACAGCAUUAUAAAGAGAAAAACCGCAGCAAUCUUUGGGAGCCAGUGCUCUUGCAAGGGUAAUCUCAGGGUCAUGCAUCCCACUGAGCUCUUGGGAACGAUCACACCCAGGGUGAUCCUGCUCCUCCUUCACUGAAGCUAUUCCUAAGAGCCCUUCCCAUACCCUCUGCUCACUUCCCCGUGCCCUGAGCCCUCACAGCCCUACAGCUGGUAAGGCCACCUGCACCCAGCUGAUCCCCAAAGGCUGGCCAGGCUCCCAAAUGCCACCCUGGGAAAAGAAGGGAUGAGGAUGAAGAAACCGAGUGUGCUGGUGGUCAUCAGCCCUCUGGUGGCUAUCUGCUCCUUUUGCAGGUGGUAAGAAGCCUGUUUCCCACGUCUUCCUGAUGUUGCUGGACCAAAGUUGGCUCACUGUUCACUGAGCCAUUCCCAUGUUCCUAGAGUACAUCUUGACACGAAUUCCCAGCCAGGCAUUGCUGGUUUUUAUAGGAACAGCUUGUACUGGCCGAGGAUCCUUGGCCAGUAGUGAGUGCUUAGGCCUAGAAGGACUCUGGUGUGAUCUGCAUGCCUACAGGUACAUACUCACUAAAGCAAUCCAGUGUCACUGUGCUGAUCAUAAGGCAGCCUCUGAUCUAGAGAAAAUGUUUAUUAGGUGAAAAGGCACAGAGGGAUCAGGAUGUGCAACCCCAGUAAAGCUGCAUCCUUUAGGCAAGCACAGACACCGAGCUUGGGGUUUUCAUGCCCUCCCACCCUGUCCCUCUGUAUGGUGCAGGCUUCAAAGUGUCCCCCAAGUUAUUUCUACUUCAUGCCUGGAAGUAGGAGUCAUAACAUGUGGAAGGACCUAAAGGUAAGGGAAAAAUAUACCCUGUGAUGUGUAAGAUCUAUGGGCAGUUAACUUUUUUUCAAAAAAAUCUGUCUUACUUUUCCUCUGAAUUAGCUGGCUUCAGCUUCUGACAGAUCUUGUCCUGCCCAUUUCAGAAAGACUGAGUAAGUCUCUGCUACCAAAAUCCCUUUUUCCUUGUUGGUGCUUGCAAGUCAUCAUUCUAUCAUUCUAACCAGACUGACCUUCAGUCUGUAAAGUGCUCUGUGCUGACCCCACUUGUAGCUCUUGACACCACUUCUUUGAAAAUUUUUACAUCUUUCUGAAACAUGGACACCAAAGUUUUCAGAAGUGAGUGGUAGUAGAGUCACUAAUAGUGUAUAUAAAAGUAACACCCUCUGGGUUUGAUCUAUGCUCUAUGUUCCCCAUUUCUAUAUCUCCGGGCAAGAUCUGCUCACUUAAGAGAAAGUUUUGGGGCUGAUUUUCCAGUUGGGGUAUUGUAACUUGGCUUUAUUUUUCCAGUCAUUGCAUUCCAGAAUGGCUACUGUCUCACACCAUACAUCACUGUCUCAACAUCAGCCUCUUUGCCUUCCACAUGACUCCAUUGAAACAUGUAUUAAUCAAGCAAGAUCAACCUGUGAAUGACACUUUCCCAUAUUGUUUGUCCAGUGACCAGUUAUUGCUUUAUCUGCAAAUGCAUUGAGAUGUUUUAAUUCAUCUAGAGAUGGAGUUUUCCUUCUGUUGUUUUCAGCAAAGAUAGGUAGAGGAGAGGUUAACAGUAGGUUUUGGUCAUGGCUGGAAAGCAUGCAGGAGUAACGUGUGAUUAAAGCUGCUUCAGCUCCCCCGUCAGCCACACUUGCAACACACCCCAUCCUGCAUAUGGAUGUACACAGGAUACACACACACACUUCCCUUGUCUAUGGAGUCUUCACAGUAGACUGAAGGUGACCUGGAGAAGCUCCCCACAUGAGCUGGUGCAUCAGUGUGGAAACCUGAAGAAUGGCAAUUCCUCUCCUGAGACUUCCUCAGGGAUCUGGCAGCUGCUUUAUUGUGUCCAUGAUGCUGGAACUAGCAGUUUCAUUGGGACAAGUUGGAAACUGAUGAAGAAACUCUAUGUGGAAGCUGGUGUGGAGGCAACACCUGUGCCAGUCUGCUCUCCUGGUCCCUGCUGAGGGUUUAUGCCAAAGGAAAAGGUCAAAUACAGAACCUGGAAGGAGAGUUUUAGCAACGUUCUCUAUCCUUAUGGCAAGUUCCACAGUAUUAAUAUUGCUAGCUCUUGACUCUGGGGUCAGGUGAUCAGCUGGUAUCUUUGCUUACUCCCUCCUGUCUUUCUUCUUACCUUUUGGUUUGGGUCUGUUUUUUUAAGCUGUAAACAUGACUUGAGUGCAACCUAAGGCCCCAAACUAAGAUAAACAAUAUGAAAUGUUGCAUUGUUUUUAAUGCUUAUGACUUUCAUAUCAUAUUUAUGAGCCAGUCUCUCCAGAGCUAGAAUUCCUAAGGUGGCACCAGACACACUAUUUAAAAAUCACUUGAGCAGGCUGAGGCUCCAGGAAUUGGUUGACUGAAGGCAUCCUAUCAGGGAUGAUAUACCCUGAAUACCCAGGUAUUGAUAUACCCUUGCAUAUCAAUGGCUGUUCUUGAACCUUCCGAGAAAAGCGUAUGAUUUUUCUCCCCACUUCUCCUGCUAUUGAUGGACUUUGUCCAUGGAGGCUAUUCAAAUUUCUUGGUCAAAGAGUUCAAGUUUAAUAAACAUUAAUUUCUUUGCUUCUGUGCUGCAUCUGACCCAGCUGUAUGCAGCUGAAAUAUCUGUUGCAGAGCUACCCAAAGCAUAUGUGAAGGUCAUUAAUGAUAGUGGGGGGAAUUUCCAAAUACGCCAGUAAUAAUAUGGUAUCACUUGUUAAUGCAGUUGAUCUGCCUCACUGAUAAUUAUCUGUGCCUUAUUUCUGAUUUGGUAGCUUCUGGCUUUAAUUUGCAGCCACUGGCUCCUGUACAGUUUUGCUCUUCUGGGUUAAAGCAUCUUUUAACACCACAUGUUCUUGUCUUGCAAGUAUUUUUUCACUAUCCACUCUGCUGGGCUGCUGAGAUUCCAGACGUUGGUGUCUCCUGUUUUGCCACAGGAAGCCCUGAGACGUGCUGCAGUGCGGUGGGAUGAGUGUCUCUACUUUGGGUUAAAACACUGAGUGGUCCAUUUUUGGGAAGGUUUCUUGCAGGAGGAUUAGACAGCUUUUUGCAGGGUGCAGGAGCAGCUCCUGUCUUUCUGGGCCUGAUGACUUCCACAAGCACAGUCACCCAAGUAUCAGGUGUGAGGCAAAACUAUCAGUACUUCUCACAAGAGGAUGGGUGCCGGCAGCAUGAACAGCUCUUGCAGAAAACAACCAGUCCCCACUUCAGGGUCCAAGUGCGACUCAACACAGUGAGCUCUCCUCUGCACAGGCUACAGCUGAUUUCUCUGGCCCUACAGCAAAGCACAGUGGAGCCUCCACUUGCAAGAAAGCUCUCGGAAGCAAGGUCAUCACCUCUGUGGUUAGAGGUUGAUUUGCAGUGUUGGUGCUGGCCAGGGCUCCCCAGCUUCUCCAAGAACAGCUCUCAGCUGGAUGUGUGCUCCCUCCUUCUCCAUCCCAAUUCUUCCCAUGCUCUGUGCCAGGGGGGAUAUGCAGGCUCUGCAGAGCUGCUGGCUGUACCAUGGGGCUCAACAGCCUUCGCAGCAGGGGCUGGGGGAGACACAAGGAGGACAACAGUCCCUGCUACCCAGCCCAUGCACUUGCUUUUUGCAGUUCAGUCCUGAUAAAAUGGAUCUUUGUUUCGGUGCACGCACAAGUCUCUGUAUCCUUAUCAUAAUAAAGACUUCUGAACUGA